AUGGAAAAGAAUCAGGAGAACCAAACCAACUUUGUAGGAUUCAUCCUCCUGGGUUUUUCGUCCUCUCCAGAGUUUCAAGGACUGCUUUUUCCUGUUUUCCUCUGUCUGUACCUGCUUUGCCUGCUAGGAAACCUCGUGAUAAUCUUGCUGAUCUUCUCCAGUGCCAGCCUCCUCCAUGCUCCCAUGUAUUUUUUCCUCUGUCACUUGUCAUUGGCUGAUCUUGGAUUGAGCUCCACCAUUGUACCCCAAAUGCUGCAGAACCUGCUGUCCCGCACAAACUCCGUAUCCUUUAGUGGUUGCCUGACACAGGUGUAUUUCUUUGUGAGCUUCUGUGCAGCGGAUAACUUUCUCCUGGCCUCCAUGGCAUACGACCGCUACAUCGCCAUUUGCCGUCCAUUGCAUUAUGCGACAAUCAUGAGCUACAGAUUCUGCAUACAACUGGCUGCUGUAUCUUGGUUCCUGGCUUGUGCCCACUCCCUACUGUACGUUCUUUCCGUGUGUAAUUUUAAGUUUUGUGCUUCCCGAGAGAUUCCCCAUUUCUUCUGUGACCUCCAUCCUUUACUGAAGCUCUCCUGCUCCGACACCUCAUCUGUUGACAUGCUGCUUCUCAGUGAAGGCAUGGCCAUUCUUCUCGGACCCCUUUUGCUGAUCAUUUUUUCCUACCUUUUCAUUGUAUUCAAAGCUUUGAAAAUACCGCCAGGCCUCAGGAAACACAAGGCCUUCUCCACCUGCAUCUCCCAUCUCGCUACAGUUGCUAUGUUUUAUGGGGCUCUGCUAGGCAUCUAUAUCCGCCCAUCCUCCACUUACGCUGGGUCAAAAUUGAAAAUUGCAUCAAUAUUAUACACAGUGGUGACUCCCAUGCUCAACCCUUUCAUAUACAGCCUGAGGAACAGUACAAUGCAGGAGGCAAUGAAAAGAAUAUUAAGAGGUUGGUUUCAGAAGAGAUGA